CACAAGAGCAGAACAGAACAGAACCGAAGACAAGCAAAAGCACUGCCCUCCGCCAGCUUCCCCCCUUCUCCCUCCCUCCCUCCAUCCAUCCGUCCCACUCCCACCAUUUCCGCGGUAUCUUCCUGAGGAAGAAACUCCCCUCCCCCCCAAGUCUUCUCCGGAGUCAACCCAAGAAACCCCGGCCCACCCCCACAAACUCUUCCUCAUCAGUCGAGCUUGAACUCGAGCUGCUCCUCUUCGGACAGCGCUGCACCGGCGCAAUUAUUCUUCUCCAUCUCCGGAUCGGUCCCGAUUGGGGGUUCUCUUCUCUGCUCACCUCAGCGCAACCUGUGACUAAGUGCACCGUGUCGGGUGAGGUUUCUUGUCCCCUCCAACUGGGAUCGGUCCCACUCGGUGGCUCACUUCGGCUCCGCCCCCCACAGACCCUGAGUACCAUCCUUCCGCUCUUUUUUCAUCAAAUGUCUUUGAGCCCAAACAAGAUUGAUGGCACAUCAAUUCUUUAUUGGACUUACCUUUUGAUGAUCCGUGGUGGGCAGCGGUGUACCUGGAAGAUAUUUCGGCACUGGACUUGACGGCAGUCACUAUUUCAUUCUUUCCUUCAUUACUGUCCUAUUAGUCUGAUUGAACAACUAUUUCUAUAGAAUUAGUUCAUCACUAGACUAGACGUUUUUUUCAACCUUUACGAUGGCAAUGAAAAUCCUUCCCCCGGGCUUCCGUUUUCAUCCUACCAAUGUGGAGUUACUCAAGUACUACUUAAAGAGGAAAAUCUUGAACCGCCCCUUGCACUUCGAUGCAAUCCGGGAAGUGGAUAUUUACGAACUUGAUCCAUGGGAGCUUCCUAGUCUUUCUUGUUUAAAGACGGAUGACCAGAAAUGGUAUUUCUUCUGUCCAAGGGAGAGAAGGUAUGCUCAUGGAGGCCGAGUAAAGCGUUCCACCCGAGGGGGUUUCUGGAAGACCACUGGUAGGGAUCGGCCAGUUAAGUAUAAUGAUGAGACUAUUGGAAUGAUUAAGACCCUUAUUUUUCACGAAGGGCGAGCACCCAAUGGGAGUCGGACUGAUUGGGUAAUGCAUGAAUACCGGCUUGAGGAUCCUGAUUUAGCUGCCAAAGGGAUCCAACAGGAUACUGUGCUUUGUGCCAUCUUCAAGAAGAAAGGUCUUGGGCCGAGAAAUGGGGCCCAGUACGGCGCUCCAUUCAAGGAGGAAGAUUGGGAAGAUGAUGAGGUCAGUGUUGUCCUACCUCAGGAUCUGCUCAUUUCUGCAAGGGGAUUGGUCCAAGCUCAUCUGCCCUCUCAAGAGGAGCAACAAGACCAUUCUGCAAGGAGGAACCUUGAGACCGAUAAUAAUAUGUCUGAAAGUAUUGCUGUGGUCGGGUCGCCACCUCCCGUGCUCCCAGCAUCUGAGACUGUGCUGCCUGAACCCUCUGGGGCUGCACUUUCGGUCCAAGCUCAUCAGCCCUCUCAAGAGGAGCAACAAGACCAUUCUGCGAGGAGGAACCUUGAGACCGAUAAUAAUAUGUCUGAAAGUAUUGCUGUGGUGGGGUCGCCACCUCCUGUGCUCCCAGCAUCUGAGACUGUGCUGCCUGAACCCUCUGGGGUUGCACUUUCCUCUGAUACCGCUCUUAUUAAUCAUGCUAAUGAAACUGUGGUGGAAGCUGCUGUUAACGACACCAGUGCUGACGGGAUGGACAUUGAUGAAUUCUUGGCAAUUAUCAAUACGUCUCCUGUGGAUAACAACAAUCAGGAAAUUCAGACUGCUGCUGCAGUUGGCCCCGAUGUUGGUGCUACCAUUGCGGCCGCAGCUGCAGAGGGGAAUGGUGGUAUCUUUGCUGGCUUGCCUGACCUCGAUGUGCAACUGGAGGGAAUUGGGGGCUUUACACGUGGGUCUGGUUUUGGUUACCCUUACUACUUUCAGUCCGAUGAUUUUAUGGAGCUGCACGACCUAGGACCACAUUUAUCCAGAGACCCCACUCCUCUCGGGAACCUUCCGGGAGCUGAGAUCGACAUGGGUAAUGCUGAUAUAACCAAUGCCGAGACGAAUGGCACAGGGCAGAUUGAUUCUCGUGGGCACGAGUUGAGGGAGAACUUCAAUCACCUCUAGUGAUCAUCCUGAGGAGUCCUGGGAAAGCCUUCGGAGUUUCUAUCGAUCUUUUUGUUAUUUAAUUUGUUGUUACGUUCUCUAGACAUGAACAAAAUGAAUUAGGUAUUGAUCUGGAUUGAGUUGAAAAUUCUUCAGAUGAUUUUUUAGAACCAUUAUUAUUGUUAUCAGUAUUAUGUAUGUUUUCUAGCAUAUUAUAUUUAUUUAAUUGAACUUAUUGCAGGGAUUA